AUGGCGGUAAAGAAGAAAAUCUCAUGGAGAUCAUUAGUCGCUGGUUGUCUAGGAGAUCCAGAAACCAUACUGACUCCUUCGAAGAAACCCAUAAAGAAACAGAGCUCGUUUCAGAGACUAUCGAUUCUUGAUUUGAGCAAUCCGAGUUCCAACACUUUAUCAGAAGAUCUAUCGAUCUCUCUCGCCGGAUCGGAUCUUCACGUAUUCACCCUCGCCGAGCUUAAAGUCAUUACGCAGAGCUUCUCUUCCACUAACUUCCUCGGCGAAGGAGGGUUUGGUCCUGUUCACAAAGGGUUCGUCGAUGAUAAGCUUCGUCCUGGUCUUAAAGCUCAACCUGUCGCCGUCAAAUUGCUUGAUCUUGAAGGUCUUCAAGGUCACCGUGAAUGGCUGACAGAAGUUAUGUUUCUCGGACAAUUAAAACACAAAAAUCUGGUGAAACUGAUUGGUUAUUGCUGCGAAGAAGAACAUCGGACUUUAGUUUACGAGUUUAUGCCUCGUGGAAGCUUAGAGAAUCAGCUUUUCAGAAGAUAUUCAGCGUCGCUUCCAUGGUCGACGAGGAUGAAGAUCGCACACGGCGCUGCAACAGGUCUACAAUUCCUCCACGAAGCCGAAAACCCCGUCAUCUACCGCGACUUCAAAGCUUCCAACAUCUUGCUAGAUUCUGACUACACAGCGAAGCUCUCUGACUUCGGACUAGCCAAAGACGGACCGGAAGGAGACGACACGCACGUGUCAACGCGCGUGAUGGGCACGCAAGGCUACGCAGCUCCCGAAUACAUCAUGACCGGUCAUCUAACGGCGAGGAGCGACGUGUACAGCUUUGGAGUCGUGUUACUCGAGCUUCUGACCGGACGGAGAUCGGUAGACAAGAAGAGAUCGUCGAGGGAGCAGAAUCUAGUGGACUGGGCUCGACCGAUGCUCAACGACGCUCGUAAACUCAGUCGGAUCAUGGAUCCGAGGCUUGAAGGUCAGUAUUCGGAGACGGGAGCGAAGAAAGCGGCGGUUUUGGCUUACCAAUGCUUAAGCCAUCGACCCAAGAACCGGCCUAGUAUGAGCACGGUUGUCUCUAUACUUAACGAUCUUAAGGACUAUAAUGAUAUUCCGAUGGGGACAUUCACUUACACGGUGCCCAACACGCCGGAGAAGCCGGUUUCUGAUAAUAAAGUUGAGAAGGAAGGGAAUAGACAGCGUCGUAGGAGUCGAGAAAGUAAUCAUCUCCGGGCGCCGACGGAUAAGUCUCCGACGGCUAAGUCGCCGAGGGAAACCGGAGGAAAUCACCGGAGAACGUUGAGAAACGGAUUGAAUUCGCCAAUGAGAAGUGAGGCUGGUGGGGAACGGUACUGA